GGAAUGUUGAAACCAACCAGUGCUUGGACAACAUGGGCCGCAAGGAGAACGAAAAAGUGGGAUUUUUCAACUGCCACGGCAUGGGAGGGAACCAGGUGUUCUCCUACACGGCAGACAAGGAGAUCCGCACCGAUGACCUGUGUCUGGACGUGGCGCGGCUCAACGGGCCCAUCCUGAUGCUCAAGUGCCACCACCUGCGGGGCAACCAGCUCUGGGAGUACGAUGCCGAGGUAGCCGGGGMUUCCUGGGAUAAUUCCAGGGUUAUUGGGGCUGGAAAAACCCUCCAAGGUCAUGGAAUCCAAGCUGUGCCCAAUCCCUGCCUUGUCCAAAUCCCAGAGCUCUCAGUGUCACCUCCAGGAGCUCCAGGGAUGAGCACCUCAAACCUCCCUGGAAUUUGAACCCAUUUUCUGUUCAAUAAGAAAUUAUUUUUUCCAUAAUUUGAAUUUAAGCCCAUUUUCUGUUAAUAACAAGCUAUUUUUUUUCCCCUGUAAUUUAAGUUUGAACCCAUUUUCUGUUCAGUAAGAAAUUAUUUUUCCCAUAAUUUGAAUUUAAGCCCAUUUUCUGUUCAAUAGGAAAUUUUUUUUCAUGAUUUGAAU